UGCGAUUCGAUCUGAAACGAGGCUUGACUUUUUAUCUGUGUUGUUCUUGUUAGUAAUGUCAAACUUCGCUUCACUAAUUUCAAAUUCUAAAUCUAUUGAUUGAUAACUGACUAGUAAAAAGUAGUAGUGUGGUGUGUUUUCAUAUGAUCUUUUUCGGGAUAGAUAAUUAUAUAAUUGUACUGACAAUAGCGACAAAGUGACUGAACUGAAUUCACUAGUCUAGUGGAUUUUAUUUGAUAAGUUAGCGGGAGUUGUGUAGAAAAAGAAAUUUUUGUCACAGUGGAUGUUAUCUGUUUGAACAGUAUGAAUUUAGUGUAGUUGGAACAAUUUUUCUGGAAGUGUAACAGAUCGGAAAUUGCUGCCGUGUUAUUUCUGAUGAACAUAAGGAACGAGCUUGAUUAAAAGUUAAGACACAAUUGAUUGAAAAAAAAGGAGAAUGUUAUCAGUUAUCUGAGGAAAGUUUACCACAGAUAAGGGGAUUUAGUUUGAAUUUCGAUUUCAAGACAGUACUUGUGAUUUGAUGAUUGAUUUCCUAAUAACGUGUAUGUGGAUAAAUAUGCAUUGAUUUAUUUAAAAACCUGUUGAAACAUAGUAUGGCCGGACUAAUGGAAGACAAAGAAUUCGAAAAUAAAAGGGAAAAACGGAAGGCACCGAAACCCCCACCAAAGCCAAAACGAGGCCGGAAAUAUAGUCGGGAUAGUUCUCUGACAACGCCGUUGAAUAAACGUCAUAUUGACGAUUAUCCACGUUAUCCCGCCAAGCACGUACGUUCUCUGUCAAUACGGAGUCAGCCAGAAGACCCGUGCUUCUCGUGCCUUAGAACAGCUGUACAUUGCUAUAACAUCGUCAUCCUAAUACUCGGAUUAGGAGUACUUGGUGUCGGCAUAUGGCUACUGGUCACAGAGUACAGCGCCAGAGAGGUUACGGUGCUGGUGGGUUCAAACCUAUUCGAGAUAGGCACAUACCUAAUGAUUGCUGGGGGCGGAACCAUAGCUUUGCUAGCAUUCUGCGGUUGCUGUGGUACCAUGCGGGAAGAUAGAUGUGUUUUAGCGUUUUAUGGUGUAACAUUGACUAUAGUACUGCUCGCUCUGAUAUCUGGUAGUGCAUUAGCUUUUAUUUUUAGGGGUGAAUUAUCAGGGCAAGUCAAAGAUAAUAUCUUUAACACAUUGUCAAAAGGAUAUGGAAUAGAUUUACGAAAGAACAGCCAAAAUCGUUUAAUAACCGAUGCAUGGGAUUCCUUGCAAAGAAGUUUACAUUGCUGUGGUGCAUAUGGUGGUGUCAAUUCUUCACAUUCCUGGGCCUUCUACAAACAACAUUCGGACUGGUACCUUCUUACAAACAUGCGAGCCCCAUAUGUACCAGACUCGUGUUGUUCAGGGAACAAACAAAUAUGCACAGGGGUAGAACUGAUAAAUGGACCGCCUUCCAAAGGACCGCCUGUAUAUACAUCAUACGCUGUAAAUGAGCAUUUGUACACAGAAGGUUGUUAUGAAAAGGUGAUGGUUCACCUGGAGAGAAACGCCUUGAUUCUUGGAGGGGUUGCCGCCUGUGUUCCUUUGUUAUUGAUAAUAGGUAUAGUAGUUGUGUUUUGCAUGUGUGCACGUGUGCAUAAGGACGAAAUAGAUGACGAAGAUGACGUUUAGCAGUCAUGUGACCAAAUUUAAAAAACUUCCGUCCUCUGUGAUAAGAAUAUUUAGAACAACGUGCAAGCCGCUAUCUUCAAAAUAAUUCCAUAGUUGCAUAUCAUCGAUAGAACAAAAAAGGAACUUUAUAGAUGAGAGACAACCCGCUUGGAAAUGUGUGCUUUAUUGUGUAUGGUUUUGCUGUUAACCAAAGAGACAAAGGGUGUACGAAUUUGGAGGUACUGAAUAUUUUGUUGUUACAACACUGGCUUCAUGAUGACAGUGUGAUAUCUUCCGGUCAGUAAAACGUGACGCCAUCGACGGUCACUGGGUGAUUGUACCGAUAUAUUUAUUGAAGAGUCUAUGGGGUGACUCUUAGUUAUUCGGAAGCCUUGUAAAACUGAUGCAAAAGAAUUUGCUCACAGACAAAACUGUCUACACUCUACAGGGCAUGUAACUGUGUUAUAGUUAGUGUGUCAACACUGGGAGUUGACAAGUGUGUUGUACUUUAUGACUUGACGUACAUUUCAUUGAAUCAUUUUCAUUGUUUUGGUUUAGCUCAAAGCACUUUAUUUUUACAAAAAAUCAUUUGAAAGGGAGAAAUACAGAGAGAACAAUGUGCAAACAGUGGUUCUUUUUUGGUUUUAUUCACGGGCACUUUCAUGGUGCCGCCAUUUUGGAGCGCUAAAUAUAGAUGUUGCCAUGAGAACAAGAAUCAAGUAUUUGAUGAAGGAGCCCAGAGACUCUGAAAUGUUGUGGUUUUCUUUGGACGUUUUACAAAAACAGUCCGGACAUUAUACCUAGUGACAGUCUGUCUUAUUAGUGAUUCAUCUUUGUAAAUUUCAUUUCCAUCACGUGUAUCAGUAUAUAUGUAUUAUGUCUGCAUGUAAUCAAGAUAAUAUGUUUUUAAGUUUGCUUAACCGUUUUCUAUGAUCGUACAUUUAUAAGCCACUAUUUAUGGAACAGAAUGAUACCAAAUUAUAUCACCGAAGUCGGUUAUAAUACGUUGCAUAUACGUAGAAUUUUAAAUAGCCGAACAAUAACUGUAUGGUUCCUAUUGAAACUACAUGUACUUAUUGAUAAGUCACUUUGUGUUGUUCUUUGCUUCAAUAAAGUCAUCGUAACGGAGCUUUAAGUGUGGCAUGUAGACUGUUUGAAGUUAUAUGCAUGAUUACACUAAAUAAAGGGUUAUACAACUUCAACAUUUUUCGAACAAGAGCUAAUAUAAUAUGGUAUUGUUACCGGUUUAUUUACAAUUCUAAUAGCAAAUUCAAUAAAACCAUUUGAAAUUUUAUCUUUCUUUGAUAAAGUAAGUUAAGAUUAUAUCUAUUUAAAGUUUGGUAUCUGAAAUACAGGUCUAGGAGAAAUGUUUAAGUUGAUUGUCAAUGUUUGAAGUAUAUGACCUAGCCUUUUUGCAGAUAAGAAACAAUAUUCUACCUAAUAUGACUGUUUCCUUGAUUUAAAUGUUUCGAAAAGCUUACAAGACUUAGGAUCGGCUGUACCUUGGUGUUUCAAGUAUGUCUUUUUGUAGAUAAUACUUUAUUGUUUAAAACGUUGAACGAAGAAGACGUAAAAAAAACAACCUGAAACACAUCUUGGAUCUUCAGAAAUGUUAUCGCAGCCGUGACAAGCUGAUCAAAACUUCCCUUUUCUGUAAAAUAGUGGUCUUCUCUAACAUAGUGGACACUCCUUUAUAGAUUUGCUUAAAACAGACACUGUUUCAGAAUGUUUGAAACAGCAGCUAUUGAACACGUUUUAAUUAAGUUGAAUCAUUUAAAGAUGGACUGUAAAAUUCAUGAACAAGUAGAAUCAACUAUAUUGUCACUCCAAAGCUCCGCAAAUCCUUUGUUUGAGAAAAAAAUGAAAUAUUGUGAUAACGCAUUACAUCACGGAUGCCACUCGAUAUUGGUAACAUGGCAUUUCAAUAUCCGGAGGAAGCCUAAGGAACUAGUGUUUGGAGUGAGUUAACAUCCUAAAACAGCAGAAAUUGCUGGGGGAUUUCUUCCAUCAAAGUGCAAAAUGAUAACCCAUGGGGAUCCUUAACACAAGGCAGAUACAAAAUAGAAAAUUUAGAUGGUAAUAUGUUUUGGCAUCACGUUUUCCUUAGAGUAAUUACUUGUGAUUGAGAGAGAGGAAAAUUUUUAAAGCGCUUUAGUCUGGGAUCGUUUCUCUUCUCAUAUAAAAUGUAAUUUUUCUAGGAAGAUUUAAAACAUUGAAACAAGAAUGUUUUCUGUGCAAUAUAUAUUAAUUGCAGAGACAAACCACCUAAAACAUGAUAACUAUUUUUAAGUGAGAGUAUGGUUGCAGUAUUUAUAUAUUCGCUGGAUGAUUUGAUAGCAAAUCAGACACUAUAUGGUAAUAUAUUAGAAAACAAACAUAAUGUACUUACUUGAAGGCAACAUUAAAACUGAAAUUGAUUUUAUAUUGAAUUUAAAUGAAACUUAACGUACAGAUGAAAGAGUAGAAUGCUGUAAGAUAAAAGUUAAAAGGCCCUUGUCAGUACCAGAUAUUUCGUAUCCUUGAUGUAUAAAUACUUACGUAUGGAAAUAUUUUUAAGAAUGUAUUUUUUUUAUUAUUUUGUUGUUAAUUUUUCAUGAAAUGUUGAUUGUACAUUUGUUAAUAUUACUAUCUUCUGAUUAUCCUCUGUAAUUUACGUCAAAAUGUACUUGUCAUAUGAUUAACGUUUGUUAAUUUGAUGCGAUUAAAAUCUACGGAUGUGGUUUAUUUACUA